AUGGACAAAACGAAAACGAGACUGGCCGCAUUCUUUGACAAUGAUGACGAAGAGUCCUCAUUCCCAUCAAAACAAGUAGACGACCAAAAACUAUCCCAAUAUGCUCAAGGUACCGCACGCAAGUCUAAACGCGAGAAAGAGAAGGAGGCCGCAGAAGCAAAGAGAAGGGAGGAAGAAGAAAACGCUGCGAGGGCUUAUGCCGAGUUUUUGGACGCUUUUGAGGGAGAGGAGGUCAGCAAGAAGAGGACUGGUGCGAAUUUUGUGAAGUCGGGAGGCUCGAAGGAAGGGCAGGAUGUGGAGGUGUAUAGGCCUUCGCAACACAGGGUAGAGAACACUUCUAGGUCUGCGCGGGCCAUUCAGCCUCCAUCUCCACCGGCGGAACCUAGGCCAAAGGGUAAACGAGCCAUGGACGCGUUUCUAGAGGAGAUCAAGAGAGAGCAAGCAGAUAGAGAGGCCAGAUAUUCGAAGACCGCUGCAAUAGGUCAUGGGCGAUCCGUGACUGCUAUGGCAGCGUACGAAGGCCAGAGUGGCAGUAAAGACCGCGGUGACCCAGAGACGUCCAAUGUCUUCGUCGCCAACCUCCCUCCCCAUGUCACAGAACAGUCCCUCGGCAUCUUCUUCGCUCGCGCAGGCCCUGUUGGCUCUGUCAAAAUCAUGUGGCCCCGUGGCGACACUGGUCAAGGUCCCGGCGCCGACAUGACCAGCAGUCGGCGUACUAAGAACGCAGGUCUCUCCGGUUUCGUCUCUUACAUGAAGCGGCGAGACGCAGAGGAAGCUCUUCGCGAAUUCGAUGGGUUCGAGUGGGGCGGGAGUGUGUUGAGGGUGGGUUGGAGCAAGGCCGUCCCGGUGGCGGCGAAGCCUAUGUUCGGUAGACACAAACGCCGGCACUACGACUCCAGAUCCCGCUCUCCUUCGCGUUCACGCUCACGUUCUGACUCCAGAGACAGGUAUCACCACCGUUCCAGCCGUCACUCUCGUAGUCGAUCUUACUCUCCUGCUCGUUCUCCUUCCCCGCGCGGCCGCCCACGUCACACCGGCUCCCGCUCCCGUUCCAGAUCUCGGUCUUGGUCCCGAUCUCGCUCACACGACCGGCGUCGGUCGAGGUCGUAUGAGAGACGCAGGAGCAGAUCUCCACGUAGACAUGCGCGCUCGCCGAGUAAUGAGGACGAUGUCACAGAUACGUUUAUUAGGACUGUGGCUGCUGAGGUGAAGGGGCACGGAAAGAAGUAUGAGGAGAGUUUGAAGGAGAGGGAGAAGGGGAAUGCGAAGUAUCGAUUUUUGACGAAUCCGAACCAUCGACGUCAUAGGUAUUACAAGUCGUUGGUUGAGCGUGAACCUAACGAUGAGCUGCAAUUCGACGAUGAGGGAUACAACAGCAUUUACUCCACUGACUCCGCCGAAGAGUCAGAGCGUGAGCGCACCCGAAAGACCAAACUUGGUAGACUGGCUCGAAAACGGUUCGAAGCUAUGCUUCGAGGUUUAUCCGGUACCAGAGGCGAACUCGCUCGAUGCAUGGCCUUCAGCUUGGAGCACGCGGAAGCCGCGAAUGAGGUCUCAGACAUAAUAAUCUCAACCCUCAUCGUCGACUCCACACCCGUCCCACGCAAACUCGCCCGAUUGCACCUCAUCUGCGACAUCCUCCACAACUCCGCCGCGCCCCUUCCCAUGGCCUGGAAAUUCCGCCAAGAGUUUCAAUCCCGCCUCGGGCUCGUCUUCGACCAUUUCUCGACGAUCUAUCAUAGUUUUCCCGGAAGGAUCACGGCGGAGACGUUCAAGAAGCAAAUCACGGGCGUUGUGGAUGUGUGGGAGGACUGGAUCGUCUUUUCUCCGGACUUUACUAGGGAGUUGAGGGCAAGGUUGGAAGGACAGGUGGAACAGGAUGAGAAGGAUGGGAAUGUAGCUGAGGAGAAGGGAGUGGUGGCAGAAGGGAUGGAAGAGAAGGCGCCGGCGUUUGGAUCGAAGUUUAAGGCUAGUUCGUUCAGGCCUGCUGAAGCAGUUGUCGAGCCUGCCGUCGUACCCGUUGCUCCCGACGACGGGGAACCGAUGGACGAGGGAAGUGAUAUAGAUGGGAAACCUGUGGAAGAUGAUGUUGACGGUCAGCCGUUGACGGAAGAUGUUGAUGGGGAACCGAUGGUGGAGGGAGAUGUGGAUGGGGAGCCAAUGGCGGUCGAGGAAGAUGUUGACGGUGAACCACUGGACGAUGACAUCGAUGGGGCGCCGAUUGAGUGA